AUGGGUAACGAGGAGUCGACGAUGCUGGACGACAGCGUCCAGCCCAAGACGCUCGAGUCGCGCUCGCUGGAGGCCAUUGCUGAUUACAUCAAGUCCGGCGAUGUGAAAAAGAUUGCCGUCCUGACCGGCGCCGGCAUCUCAACAGCCGCUGGCAUCCCCGACUUCAGAUCACCCGGCACCGGCCUCUACGCCAACCUAGCCCGCCUCAACCUCCCCUACGCCGAAGCCGUCUUCGACAUCUCCUACUUCCGCAAGCACCCCGAGCCCUUCUACUACCUCGCCAAGGAGCUCUACCCGGGAAAGUUCCACCCCACCGUCUCCCACGCCUUCAUCGCCCUACUCGCGAAAAAGGGUCUCCUGCAGAUGAACUUUACACAAAACAUUGACUGCCUCGAGAGGCGCGCCGGCGUGCCGGACGACAAGAUCAUCGAGGCGCACGGCAGCUUCGCCACCCAGCGCUGUAUCGAGUGCAAGGACACGUUCCUCGCCGACCGAAUGGAAAAGCACGUCCAGGACGAAAACGUGCCCAAGUGCGAUUCCUGCGGUGGGCUAGUGAAGCCGGACAUUGUCUUUUUCGGGGAGGCGCUGCCGGAGGCGUUCCGCGAUAAUACACACCUGCCCGCCAUGGCUGAUUUGAUAGUUGUCAUGGGUACGAGCCUCUCAGUCUACCCCUUUGCCGGCCUAGCCGAGGCUUCGAAGUCUGGCGUGCCGCGGUUGCUGCUCAACAGGGAACGGGUGGGACAAAUGGGUCGCAGGGCGGAUGACGUUGUCGAGUUGGGGACGUGUGAUGCUGGAGUUCGUAAGGUUGCUGCCCUGCUUGGCUGGGGCGAUGAGCUAGAGGCGCUCUGGCGCGGUAUUGUGGGCGAAAAGGAGGCCAAGAGACAGCUUGCGUCGGCCGCUGGCGAAGGCGAGGAUGAUUUGGAGGAGGAGAUUCGGAGAGUUACCGAGGGCGUCGACACGGCGCUCAAGCUCGACGACGACAAGGACGACGAAAAGGAGGAGCAUGCUGCGGAAGCCACCAAGGAAACGGAAGAAGUCGGCUUCCCUCUACGGCAAGACGGCGGAAGCGACACCGAGGACGCGCAGAAGAGUAUUCCCGCGGGCGUCGUGCAGAGAAUGUCAAAGGCGAUCCAGGGCCAGGGGGGCGAGAUUGGCACGGAUAUCAAGGAUGAUCGCGGCCGCGAGGGGAGAACCGUUAAUGGAUCUGAAGGCGCACCGCAGGACGCAAAGGACUUCCGGAUCGAGGCCAAGAAGAAGAUUCAGCUUGCGGCACAGGGCGCGGCCACGCCUCUUGACGAGGUUGCCAUCGUCUUCGACGCUUCUGCGCCUGUGGCUGAGAUGAAGCAUGAGGACCCGAAAAGCGCUGAGUUGCUGAGUGGAGUUUCUCGGUAUGAGGAGACGUCCGCGCCUGCUGCUGGUGUGGACAAGGAGUCGACGAGUGCCAAGGCUGAGCCGGCUCUUGCUUCUACGACAGCACAAGAAGCCCCCGGGAGUUUAGAGAAAGAGGAGAAGCCGUCAUCGGGUGACUCAAAGUUAUGA